GUACUACAAGUGAUCGGAAACGACCCCCAACAACUCCAACCUGUUCUAACCGGUCCAAGCUGUCUUGAAAACACCCCAUCUCUGUUGGAUUUAGCUCUCUCAAUCAAACUUAUAAAAGCAGAAUCAACUUAUACAUUUGACCUCGAGCGCUUUCACGUCAAAUCGUAUGUGGCCUCGCGCUCGACCCAACGGGCCCAGGGCAAGGCCAGAAUCAUUAGCACUAGCCAAACCUCGAGCCCGCUACUUCUGAGAUCCAUUGGAAAAUACAAUAGAAAUGAUUUGGAACUGACGUUGAAUGAUGAUGGAAGCGUGCGGGCUGGCACCCUACCCGCUUUGAUUCAGCGGCUUACUAUGCAUUCUGGAAUUGAUGAACAAUUUGAGGAGACCUUCAUCAUGACCUUCAAAACCUUUGCUACCAUUGACCAGGUGGUCGAUAGGCUAGUGGAGCGUUACCAUAUUCAACCACCGGCACUCUUGGAACCAAAACAACUGCAGGAAUGGAAAAUUAACCAAGAGACUCCUAUCCAUCUGAGAGUAAUAGAUAUCAUUCGCAAGAUUCUAAACACCAUAGAACAAGAAGACAUAUAUAUCCUCGAUAAACUCAAGCAAUUCCUCGAACAAGCAACGGCAAGCGAUCAGGUUGAGGUAACCUAUACAGCCGAACCUCAGCGCACCAUCUGGGACAUACCCCUCGAUGAACCUUUAACCCCAAUAUUACCCCGGACCGCUGAAUGUCUAAGAUUAAUGGAUAUAGAGCCCUCGGAUUUGGCUCAACAACUCACGAUUAUGGAGAGCGAAUUGUUCUCCAGUAUCAAGCCCAGUGAAUGGAUCGCUCAAUUAACGGGCUCAACUUCGCCUUCUUAUCACAACAUCAAAGCCGUGGUCACGUUAACUGAUUGGGUCGUGAACUCAAUCAUCGGCACAGAGGAUUCAAGAAGACGAGCAAGAACAAUAAAACAUUUCAUCAAUACAGCUAAUGCAAGUAAAAAUAGUCCCGCUUUUGUUAUCGCUGCCCUCCUAGCCGGACUUAACAGCCCUGUGAUAUUGGGACUAAAACGAACAUGGGAAGAAGUACAAGGACGCGAGAGAGCCAUGUUAAACAAUAUGCGUGCAAUUCUCGAUGUUGAGAACCAUUUCCAGGCUUACAGAUAUCUGCUUUCAGAGCUGCAGCCACCAUGUGUCCCAUUCCUCGGUGUCUACCUCGUAACACUCAACGGUUUUCGUGACAACAUCAAAGACACGAUUGAAGGAGGCGCCCUCAUUAAUUUCCAAAAGCAGGCGAAGAUAGCCGAUGUCCUUCGAGAGAUCAACAAGAUCCAGAAGCAUCAGUACGACCUCACUUCCAUCCCAGCUAUCCAAGAGUUCCUCGAGAAGAACUUGGCAAUCAAGAGAAUUGAUUGA